CUUCUACAUAGUACAUAUUUUUGUCGCAAUUGGAAUUUGCCCACCUUCAUACACAAAGAACCAUCGACGCUUGCCGGAUUUUUCCUCACCUGUCGUAUAAACAUAGUAAACUACGUAUCCGUUUACUUUUAAGUUGAUAAUUUAUCUCGUCGAAUUACGCGAUCAUCCGACCAUAUAUUACCUUUCGACGCCAUGUCGACUCUAGCGGAGGAGUUGCUGCAGGACUUCGAGGACUCAGGGUCCGAAAAUGGGGAGGAGCAAAAUGACACCGGACUUGACCUCGAUGGGCCGGCUAUUGGCCCUCCAGCAAGCCGCGAUGAUAACGAUAUGGUACUAGACGGCGAUGAAGAAGAGCCCGAUGAAGACGAAGAAAUGGGUGGCGUGAGCAUGGGCGCCGCCGAACCCGUGGAAGACGAAGAAGCCACCAAGGCUAAGGUCGAGAAGAUGCAGCUAGGCGGAGUUAAAGAUAUCCGUAAGGUUACUACCGUUAUGGACAGACUGGACCCUCUGCUUAAGGACAUCGCCCACUAUCAAUCAAAACCUCUCACGCCACACACAACAAAUAUAGGUAAUAUUGAGGACAACCCCGAGUACAAGAUCCUCACUGAAUCCAACACGCUCUCCACUCAGAUCGACGGCGAGAUCAUGAAGGUCCACAAGUUCAUCAGAGACCAUUACUCCGCUCGAUUCCCCGAACUUGAAACGCUUGUUCAGAACCCGAUCGAGUAUGCUAAAGUUGUGGCCAUCCUGGGAAAUGGACCUAUGGAUUCGGAUAGCAUCAGAGCGCUUCAAGGCUCAGCCGACAAUCCUCUAGGCGAAUCGCUCAAGUCGGUUCUGGAUGGACCGUCGCUGAUGAUUGUCACCGUCGAAGCUACCACAACGAAAGGCCGUGAAAUAAGCCAGGAGGAGCUUGAACGCAUUCUGAAAGCCUGCCAUAUGAUGAUCAAGAUGGACAAGGCUAAGAAAACACUUACAGACUACGUACAGUCUCGAAUGAACAUAUUUGCCCCUAACCUUACAGCCCUAGUUGGAUCGUUAACUGCUGCGCAAUUGAUUAAUACUGCUGGAGGCUUAACUAAUCUUUCCCGGGCGCCCGCCUGCAAUCUUGCAGCUUGGGGCUCGAAAAGAUCAGGCAAUACGGCAUUCGCCACCAAUGUGGGCGUGAAACAGCAAGGUUACUUAUACCAUUCUCCAAUCAUCCGUGGCAUCCCAACCGAUCUAAAGAAGAAGGCUAUGAAGGCGGUGGCGGCGAAGCUCGUCCUAGCUGCACGUGCGGAUACCGGCCACUCAAACCCUGAUGGGUCAUAUGGCGAAGAACUCAGGGGUCAAUGUCUAGAGAGGUUAGACAAACUGACGGAACCGCCACCAAACAAGGGUCAACGAGCGCUACCGGCCCCGGAUGACAAACCCUCACGAAAGCGGGGUGGCCGACGGGCUCGCAAGGCCAAGGAGGCAACUGCGAUGACUGACCUUCGCAAGGCUCAGAACCGCAUGGUGUUCGGCAAGGAGGAGAAGGAAACAGACUACGGAAUUGGAGACUCUACUACGGGCAUGGGGAUGAUCGGGCAGACAAACGAUGGACGAAUCCGUGGAGUGCAGAUUGACAACCGGACACGAGCGAAGCUUAGUCAAAAGCAUAAAGGCUGGGGAGGAGCUACGCCUAUUGGCGGCUCAGCUUCGUCAUUGCGCGGCUUUGGCCAAUCAGGCAACAUCGACCUUCGUGGUAAGGGUCUACGAACUUCAGGGGUAGGGUCCACUAUCGGAGGAGGUGCAGGGACAGCCUCGUCUCUAGCAUUCACACCAGUUCAGGGACUAGAGCUUGUAGACCCCAAGGUUCAAGCUGAGCUUAAUCGUAAGCGAAAGGCGGAGGAGGACCGCUGGUUCAAGGGCGGUACCUUUACCCAGGUAGCCGGAGGCGGGACAGCUAGUAGUGCCAACGGUGGCUUCAAGGUCCCUGAACACCCCAAUAAGAAGGUCGAUACCGGUGCUGGCAAGAUGGGACCACCGGCACUACCCGCUAAGAAAUAGGGCGGGCGAGGUGCUGCGCCGCUAUAGGAUCGCGCGAAGUAAGGGGUUUUUGUACAACGUUAUAUGUACGCAGACAGACAAAUGUAAGUAAGGCAUGGCGUCUAAAGGGACGGUGGGGCCACUCGCUGGUUUUUUGGCCUUUUUUUCGCAGCAUGGGGUCGGUCGCAUGGUUACGGCGUUCUUGGAAGGCGGGGGUUAUCGGAUGUUAUGUUAGACUACGGAAGAAGAGGCUAAAUCGGCUUAGUUCCAGUAGUUAAUUCUUAUCAUGCAAUGUGUGCGUUUCUUACGUACAGCACUCGCUUUUUCUACAAA